UAAAAUUCUAUAAUUCUCUCAUUUCUUUUAAGUUUGACAUUUUAAUAUUUUGUCUUUUAUUUUAUAACAAUCAUCUAUAUAACAUUAUUUUUAUGAGGGAAUAUAGAAAAAACCUUUUGUUGGUUGCCUUACCGAUAGUAAAUUUUUGGCGGGGAGCAAAAAAGUUAUUUCUAACAAUAACAAUGAUUGGGCCGUCCUCUUUCCUUUCAUUCCCUCAAACCCUGCUCGUGGUCACCGCUUCACUUGGGACUUUGGCCGUUCUCCUCCUUCGUAUUAGAGUAUUCUUCUUCUGCUGCUAUAUGAGUACUAGUCUUUUAGCGAGCACUCACAAAUUAUAAUAAAUAGGAGGAUGGUAUUUUCAAGGGCUUUAUCUCAGAUUUCUAGAAAUCGCUUUAGUAGAUGCCGAUGGUUAUUUUCAUCACCUCCCCAUCAACAAUUACCCCAUUCCUAUCACAUCCCCGCUUCUCAAAAGGUUUUGGGCUGCAGAGUAAUUCAUUCAUGGGUUUCUAAUGCACUUUGUGGUAUUGGCCAACAAAUUCAUCAUCAAAGCACUGCUGUAGCUGAGAUGUGACAAAGGUAAGGGAAAGUUGAUCCUACUAAAACAAAAAAGAAAAAAUAACCUCUGUAUUAUAGACGGCCGACAGGUAUUCAUAUAUCUGAGGGUCGGUUUGCUGACGUGCCAGCACGACCCUCAUAUUCUAGGCCGUCUCAGCAUUUGGUUCCUACUCCUAUGUAUAUGGGGAUACUUUAUGGGUCCACACCGACUCAUUCUGCUCCUAUCACCGUACCACCGCCAUCACAGUACUAUUGGACGACCGCUGACACAUCCGGACAUCUACCAUCAUCAGUACCCUCUUAUAGCAGUCACCCAGGUUUGCACAGUGAUUUUGCUGGAUCUAUUGGGUUGUCGGAUCUUCAUCUUGGAGGCACUCCAUCUGGUGCUUCAGAUCCGCCUACACCAGUGCAUCUACCAGCACUUGCUCCGCAGCCUGGAGACAGAGAUGAUUAUGGAAGGCGUUAUCUUAUUCAUUAUGGAACAAGAUAAGAUUUCUAAAUAUAAUAUCAUUAUUCAUUUUUCAUUACUAUAUUAUUAUACUCUAUAAAUUUACUGUUUGAUCUUGUGUUGUAGGUUUAAGCCGAAUGCUGGAGUUGGAACAAUUACGAGGAAAUGCAUUUGUCAGCACUUCAAUGUCUACUCUAUAAAAUGACAGGGAAAGAAUGUUUAACGAAUUUCAUAAAUAUUAUUGGUGGGAUGAUGCGAAUGAAUGUGCUACAAAGAGAAAUUUUUACAGAAGAGCUAGAUCCAAAUUUAACGGUCUGUUGGAUUAUGCCAAAACCAACUUGGUACGACCUGACUGGAUAAGUGAAUCCUUAUGGAAAUAGUAUAUUUGCUAUUGGAAUAGCGAAAAAUACCAAUUGUUGAGGGAUAAAGGAAAGAAAGUCUGGGCAUCAUCCAAGGGUGGCUCUCUAUAUACUGCGGGUGCAGUUAGUAUGAUUGCUGUGGAGGAAAAAAUGGAAAAAGAAAAGGGUAGGAAGAUACCCUUCGAUGAGGUAUUCGAGGAGAUGCAUUUGAAGAAGAAAAAGAACCCGACUGAUGAAGAUGUUUGGGUUGAGCCUCGUGCAAAAGCUGCCCAUGACAAAUAUAAACAGCUCCUUAGUGAGUUUCGUAGUAGUCAGCCUCCUGAAAGUCAGGGUGACCCAGUACCCCAACAUGUAGAGGAGGAGUUAUGGGAACAAACUGUGGGUCCUACAGUUAGAGACCAUUUCUACGGAUACCACAGAAAUUAUUUAGGCGAGAAUGUUAGGUCUUCGUCCAGUCCUACAUCCUAUACCUCUUCAGUUGAUAGAGAAACCAUUGAAUCACUUAAAAAUAUGGUUUCUAAACUCAUUGAAGAGCUCUUUAAACAGAGAGAGAGGGCGCAGAAGAAGGAGAAGGAAACAUCAUCACAAAUCAGGAUGUUGCAGGAUCAGUUCAGCUCUUUUAUUCAAACUGCAGAGAUUAUUCCUCCAUGUCCUGGUGAUGCAGUUCGGGCUGCAAAAGGUCUACGUCCACUGGAUGAUAUCCGCACAGAUGAGGAUGCGAAAGACGAAGACGAUGACGAUGAUGAUGAAGAUGAUUGGUAGUUUUUUUUUACUUUUGUAUGUGUUGUACUUUGGUUUUGGAUAUUUUGUUGUAGUUUUUACACUUUGAUUUGUACUUUGGUUUUUUGUUGUUGUUGUUGUAUGGAUUUGGACAUUUUGU